AUGAUCAGGAUUCUUAAGAUGGAGAUACUUUUAGAAGAACUUCAAAAUAUAUACCCAGCAAUGCUGCCUACUGUGGAGAACCAAAUAGAAACCCUUCUUGAGGAGUUAAUACUUGUACGAACUUUUCUCAUGGUUGAAGAGAAUGAAGAAAUGAAAUCCACACAUAUAAGAGCAGUUCUGGGGGACGUGGCUGCAACUUUCUACUCUCAUCAAUGGAAUUUUCUUAAUGAAGACACAGGGAGAAAACUCAGCCUAUUGCUUCCUGCGUUAUUGGAGAAAGUUAAGCUAGUCAGUACACAUACGAAACAGAUGUAUAUGUGUGUUCGAAGCUCACUGCCAUCUUAUUUUCGAAAGACUGAUGGAUUUGGAUUCAUGGAGUUCCUUUUAAGAGAUCUAAAGGAGCUGCUAAACUCUAAUGAAGUUUCAAUUAAUAAAGUGAAACAUCAAAUUCGAGUUGUUCACAGAGACAUGGAGUCACUAAGAUCAUUCCUUAGGGGUAUGGGUGACAAGCAUCAUGAGGAUUCAGACUUGAAAAGUCUUGUUUCACACAUUGUUGAUGUGGCCUUGCAGGUGGAAUACAUCACUGAUUCAUUUGUUUGUGGCCACGGUGUUCGAUGGUAUCAUGUGGUAUGGCUAUCUGAUCUUAUAGAAGAUAUUAAACUGAUCAAAAUCCAGGCCUUUGAAAUCUCCAAGACGUACGAGAUUAGCAUCCCUGACGUUCAGCAGUCAACAAGAAAGGUGAUGUCGCUGGUGAAAAUGUCCCUAAUUAGUGAUGUUGUGGUUGAUCUUGUUGAUGAGAAUGAAAGGAUGAUCGAUAGACUUACCAGAGGAUCUUUGCAGCGAGAUGUUGUUUCAGUUGUCGGGAUGGCAGGGAUCGGUAAGACGACUCUGGCCUUGAAGGUAAAUAACUGUCCUUCAAUCACCUAUCACUUUCAUGUUUGUGCAUGGUGUCAUGUCUCCGAAGUAUUUUCCAAAAGGGAGUUAUUGCUCGAAAUUUUGGGUGACAUGGUGGAGAUUACUGACAAAAUCCUGGAAAUGAGUGAUGAAGAUUUGGAGAUAAAGCUAUACCGAUGGCUUAAGGGGAAAAGGUACAUCAUAGUUAUGGACGAUAUGUGGAGCAUAGAGGCAUGGAAUGAUUUAGAAAGAUCAUUCCCAGAUGACCAAAACGGAAGCAGAGUUUUGAUCAGCAGUCGUCUCCAUGAGGUUGCUCUGAAAAUUAAAGCAAGUAGCAUUCCUCAUUCUCUUCGCCUACUCUCAAUUGAUGAAAGUUGGGAGCUUUUACAGAGGAAGUUGUUCAAGUCAAAUGAUUGCCCUGAUGAGCUCUUGUAUCUGGGGAAGCAAAUUGCACAGAGCUGCAAGGGACUCCCUCUUGCACUUGUUGCAAUAUCUGGGAUCCUUCAACGAACUGUCAUAAAACCAGAAUGGUGGAAAGAAGUUGCGGAAAGUUUGAGCUCACUCAUUGCUGAUGAUCCAGAAACAAGGUGCAUGGACAUCUUAGCGCUUAGCUACUAG